UGCUAUGGGCGAGUGGCUGUAGCUCAGGCUGAGAUCUGUGGCACUACAGUGGUUUCUACCAGCGACACCGCCUAGCUGGUGAAGUUCAAUUGACUUGUGUCAGCAAAGAUCUACUCGACAGAUGAAGUGUGACUGGGGAAAAUAAACUACCUUUCAUUUUAUUUCAGUUAACUAAGGACAUAUAAGCAGAAGCACCACAGCCCUUAUUGCUGUGCUGUAAGUCUUUGAAAUAAGAGAGACUUUCUAAUUUUAAUUCAUAUAAAGAAACUGAAUGGGAGUGAUAAGGGUACCAGAGAUGGACAGCUGCAAGGUAACUGAAUAAAGAGUCUUUACAGUCAGAGGCAGCACAGGCCUUAGCACAUGGGUCUGAAAUGCUGCUGUGUCAUGAUUGUGCCCUUAGCACACUUCUCCCAUGUGGACGAAGACCUGGGGCAGGAUGUCAAUAUACCCUAACUAUAGCAUUGCAAAAGUCAACAUUAAAAUGACUCUUUUUAUUUCAUUCAAAAUUAAGUAAAUUAAGAUGCUCACUUGUUGGUAAUGUUGGAAAUUUGCUAAAAAAUAAAUACAUCUCCUGCCUCCAAACCAGAAAAUUGGAGAAAUGUUUCUGAACAUUAAAGGAAAAUGCAAGUCCUGUGAAGUAAUGCUUAAGAACAGAUUUUGAAUUCAUUUAAUACUGAAAAGCAGAAGAUCAUGAGAUCUGCAUUACCCAGAGUUGGAGGGAAGUGGCUGGUGGAGUUAAUUAUUAUAUUACGAUGAAGAAACACAAGAAGUUAACCGCGACGGAAACAAUGACCCGUCAAGAGACUGAAGGAAAGAGAAGAAAAGAACACAAGACUCCCGUGGACGUUGAUGUGGGUUCAAGGAGCCCUGCUGAUGGAAGAUAAGUAUCUGUCUUUACAUCUAUUUUAGGGGAUUGGAUGUAUCUUUAAACGUUUGUGCUAUUCUUUGCUAAGCUAAGAUUUAUGAAUAAAUAUAGUGUUAAAGACCCCUUUCACCAUCCUCACCACCUAGAUUGGGGGAUCUCAGCACUGCCCCUCCAGAAGCUGCCUCAAAGUGCGUCACCUCUCUGCUCUUUCCACUCUCAGCAAGAGGACACACAGGCGGUUGCACACUGCGAUGUGCAAGAGCCUGGUACUGCACUGCCAACAUCAGUGGAUUUUGUCACCACCGUUGGUGGGCAGAGACAAAACUGUUUGAUUUGGAGGUUUAAAAAGGACAUUAAACUCUCAGAGGUGUAGGAAUCACUAUCAGCAUGCUCCCACACAUCUCUGGUAUAUAAAAGAAUCAUUUUCUGGUCAGCCAGCUCGUGAAUCAAAUGCAAAACCUCCUUCAUGUAUCAAGAAUGAGCAUACACACAUGCACACAGCUGCUUCUCAGGGUGUUUCAUGCAGCUAAAUUGCCUGACAAAUGUGGCGUACCAAGUUGAUGAGCAGGGCAGGAGACCAGUUUACCUGCUAUUGUGGCUCAGCUUGGCUGUUUCAAUCAACCUUGUCUGAAAUAUAGCAGGAGAGGUGGCUGCACCCUCAGCAACUUCCAGACAGGUUCGGUACAAUGGGAUUGUAGGGUGAGAUCCAGUGAUGUGCAGGAGGGACAAGGCCUGUGAGGACACGGGUAGCAAAGCCCAUGCAGGGUGCAGCUCGAUGGUCAUCUCCCAACAGCCUUUCCAUUUAGAUAGAGAUCUGCUCUAGAGAGGGGCAAAAAUCUCAGUUCUUGUCUUUUAAGUUCAUGCUGAAGAUUGUGCAUCAGGCUGAAACAGUGGAAAAGGCUGAGACUAAAACCUCUCUCCACAAAUAAAGCCACAGUGAGCUAUUAAUCACACAGCUCUUGGGAUAGGGACAGUCACCACACUCACCUCCAUCUCCACCCUAAAAUGCCCCAAGCAGCCCCCAGAACGAAGCAGGACCCUGAACCCACCAUUGCACAGAUGAGGCCACCAAAAAAUCAAAUGAAUGAAAGGGGGGAAAAAAAUGAGAAAGCAAAUGAAAAAUUUUGCUGGGGAUUCCUGAGCCUCUCCCAUGGGCAGAAGUGACUGCUGCAUUUCUGAACCAAGUCCCAAUUGCUUGGCAUAGGGAUUUGGGCUUCUAAGUCACUUGGGGGCUCUGGAAAAUGUUUCCUCAAAUCCCUCCUGGAAAUAAAGGUUUUCUUCUGAGAAGGAUGAAGUGCCAGAGACUGCGUGAAGACCGCUCUGCCUGUCACUGCUUGUGGAAGUGGAGUGAGAGGCAUGGCCUUUAAAGGAAACCCCCCUGCAUCAGCUCAGCCGUGUGCACGGCCCCUUGUGGACUGCUCCCCCUGGAAGGGAGGGAGCUGGUCCUCCUCUGUCCUGGGAGGUGCUCCAUGGACAAGAGUGUGUGUUUCCAGCAGGAACUGAGACAGAGGGAAACCAGGACAGCAUUUUUGUCACAGGCACAGCCUGAGGGAUGUUUCAUCCCCAGCACUUUCACAGCAAGUCCUUGCAUGUUGAGAUGCUGAACACACCUGCAACCCAUGCAAUUCAAUUCGCUGAAGUCCAGUCUGAUUGAUCCAAUUCACUUGCUCUGUGGAAGCUUGACCAGAGCAUCCUCACCUUGCACAUUCGAUGAACUUGUAAUAAAGCAAGGACCAACUUAGAUAAUGUUGAAAAAGGACGUCUUGCUCCAUGGAGCAGUCUCAUGUCCAUCAUUAUGUUAAGGAUGGGAAUGGAGCAGCAGUGAAUGGCAUUAGAUGGACAAGGCAGAGGGCAAGGAAGAAGAAGAAGAGCCCAGGUCAGCAUCCCAUACAGCCCUGUUCACAUGCUCAGAUAGCAUGGUGUAUAGGUAUUCACAGGGUCCUGCCUAAUGAGUGGAAGCUUCAAAAAGGUCUGUGAGGGCUAUAUCAUCACCAUGUAUAUCCAUAGGGCUAUUUAAGCAUUACUGACAGCAAGGUAGAGGCCCAGGCCUUGCUUACCUUGUGCUGGAAGUGUGGUGAGAUAAUACUGGGAUGGGAUUCAGUGGACAGCUGGUUUGCUACUGGGGGGAGCUGAAAGACUUCUUGCAAAUAAACCCCAGGCUGGUCAGAUAUUCUUGACCAGGGGGCAGUAAGGACUGACUCAUUCAGCAUGUCUGAGGUCAAUGUACCACCCGCCAGCGCCCUCCUCUUGUAGACAUUCCCCGCUCCGAGUUGAGACAGGAAACUGAUCUUCUUCCCUCAUGACCCAGGCUUUCAGAAAGAAGAGACCCAUCGAGCAGCCUCACAGUGCUGAAGAGACCACACCAUGUCCUGCCCCUGGGCUGGGAUCCUGCUCCUCGCCCUGCAGGUGGCUGCUUCCCAAGAGCAGCUGUGGCUGCAGCAAAGCCCAGGAGAGAUCUGGACGACCCCAGGACAGGCUGCGGAGCUGAACUGCACUGUUUCAUACCGGCGAUCAUCCGUAUACUGGUACAAAGAGAGUCAGGAUGGCAGUCUGCAGUGGGUUGCUGAGACUGCUAAGCAUGGAUCCGCAGAAGGAAGAUACUUGAGUGAAGUGAGCAGCUCAGGGAAAAUGUUCUCUCUAGUCAUCAACAAGCUGCAGGAGGAGGAUUCUGGGGUUUAUUACUGUACCCUCGAUGUCUCUACACACGCUGACUUCGGGAAUGGGACCAGGCUGAUCGUCUCUGACACCCCCCAGCCCAGCCUUGCCAUCCUGGUGCCUUCCCCCGCAGAGGAGGCCGAGCUCCCAGACCCUGUCCCCCUGCUCUGCCUGCUCUCUCCGCAUGCUGGGGACUGGGGGGCAGCUCUCUGGGAUGCCAGGGAGGAGUCUCCAGGGAAAGCAGAUGCAGGAGCCCAGGACAGGGCUGGCAGGUGGAGCCUGAAGAAGGUCCCCAGGCAGAAGUGGAUCGCAGGGACACACAGCACCUGCACCGCCAGAGAGGAGGAAACCGGGAGAAACAUCAGCACUGCUGUGGCCAAGGGCAUGGGUUCUGCAUCACGAGGGCCCUGCUGGGUCACACACUGGGUGGGGCUGCCCUGUGUCUGCCUCCUCCUGCUGAUCCAAGGCCUGAUCCUGCUCUCCAUGAAGUGCCCCACAAAGGGACAGCAGCAGCACCAGGGAGUGACGUGUGCGCAAGGCAGAGCUGAGAGAUGGAAUAUGCAGCUGUGAGCCACCAUGGCAGAAAUGCUCCCACUUCACUGAUGUGUUCACAUGUUUACCCUUAAAAUAAAGAGUGUGGGGACAUGCGUUUGCAUGAGGGAGAGGCACAUGAAGCCAA